AUGCUAAAAAAUGGUUUUACAACUUGCUCGAAGGUCGCCCGUAGUUUCACUCUCUCGUCCAAGAACGCAGCUCGGCAGGAAACCAGGACCGACGACAGGAGUCCUCUUUUACUUGUUGAUGAUGCUGAUCUUUUUGCGGCAGCCCGUCGUUCGGCGCCAGGAUCGGACAUGCUGGCUUCCUACUCCGAAGCCGCGCCUCCCGGUUCUGAUCCCAAUGAUCCCACACGCGUCCCAUUUAAUAUACUUUCGGGCACAUCGAUGUCAUGCCGUCAUGUUGCCGGCCUCGUCGGUCUCCUCAAAACACUCCAUCCUCACUGGACUCCUGCUGCUAUCAGAUCGGCAAUCAUGAGUACUGCACAAACGCUGGAUAAUACUGGUGCUGCUAUACGGAGCCACCACGGAAAUGAUGCAACCCCGCUCAGCUACGGCUCCGGGCACAUCCGACCAAAUAGCGCCAUGGAUCCCGGUUUGGUUUAUGAUCUAACCAACGCCGACUACCUCGACUUCUUGUGCUUCAGUGGUUACAAUACGGAAGACAUGUCCUGCUUCCAGAACUACACUUGCCCAUCAUCACGCUAUAAGCUGCUGGAGGACUUCAACUACCCCGCGAUCGUCUUCCCCUACCAUCGAAAUCUGCAGCAGACGGCAACCCGCAGGUUGAAGAACGUGGGAAGUCCAGGCACGUACAGAAUCCGGUAUCGAACUCCGGCGGGCUUCAAUGUGACGGUGAAGCCGGAGAGCCUUCCUUACCUUUGA